GCGCUGCAGUUCUCCCUUUUAGCCGCCAGGUGGCGGCAAAGACCGCGGCAGCCGGACCACGCGGAGGGAAAACGCGUUACCAUGGAGACGUCUGUUGAUUGCUCUCCGGAACGCGGAUGUGCCCCCGGACCGGUCCGAGGUUCUGCUUCAGAGAAAGCAGAUCUUCUGACUCUGUGAAGUGGUUCUGAUCCAGCUGACCCACCUGUGUAAACCAGCAGGUGUGGUCGUCCCUCUGCUGAGAAUCCGUCUGUUUUAGUGACGUUCCCACCUGAACCAAUCAGAGCUCUGCCAUCAUCAGGUGUCACGAUGUCGCAGCGUGACGUCAUCGACUUCCCCGCGCUGGAGAAGGAGCUGCAGGCGGCGGUGGAGUCUGAGAGGAGAUACCAGCGGGAGAACCAGGCCAAGCUGAGGGCCGUGAACCAGGGAGUGGACUACGAUCAGUUCAGAGGUCUGGUUCGGUCCUCUCACCUGAAGCCUCUGGACAAGAAGGACAAAGAUGGAGGUCCACGGAAGCAACCAUGGAACCCUGUAGCUCCAGGAAACCCGUGAUGGACCAUGUCUCAGUCUGCAGCCAGGAUGACCAGCUUCUGGUUCUGUUCGCUUUGUGGAAAAGUUCAGAUUCAGAUGAUAUCAGAUGUUGACCUUAAUAACAUUGUUUUGAUUUUUAUCUGUUCAAUAAACAAGAAAAGCAAAUGUAAUAAAAACAUUUUCUCCUCUGGUGUUUCUA